UUUGGAUUCACGUUUUUAUUUAUACACAAUUUUGGUUCUUUUUAAUCCUAAAUAAAACAGAUUGUUGUUUUUAAUAGUGGACCAUCAAGAUGGAAGAUUACCUAUCGACGACUGUUUCGAAUCUGAGAUCCGCCUACUAUUCCACGUUAAACCUAACCAUAGGCAAUGAAACCAGCAACUUAGACUCCGCUGUCUCCUCUUUAGUCUAUUCCAAGUUUUUGCACUGGCAACUGAGUCAAUUGAAGUGUGGUAUAUGUAAAAAAGCUGAUAAAAUCGGAUUUAAGGACCAUAUUUUUGUACCGGUACUGAAUGUGCGUAGGGAAGAGUUUGAAUUGAAAACGGAAGUGGAAUACUAUUUAAAUGAAUAUGGAAUUAGUAAAGAAAUGUUAAUAUUUCGAAAUGACUACGAUCUCCAAGAACUAGUAACAAAAACGAAAACUAAUGUAGUGUUGGUAGACCAUCAUACUUUAGCCAUCAAAGACAAGUUCUUGGCUCCUUAUGUUACUGAGAUCAUAGACCAUAGACCUAUAGACAAGACGGAGUGGACCUACAGAGAUGAUACAAGGUCUACUAUAGAAACAGUUGGUUCGUGCUGUACGUUGGUAGCUCAAAGAAUUAUAGACAUGUCAGCGGUGAUGGCAAAAAAGAUCGAAUUCUUCGAAACGCAUCCGCUAUGCACACAGCUACUACACUCAACAAUUAUUCUCGACACAGUGAACUUCUCCAAAGAAGUGAAAAAAGGCACGCCACACGAUUUGGAAAUAGUGACGUUUCUAGAAGGGAUUAUGAAAAUAGAAAAUCCGGAGGCUGAGAGAGAAAGCAAACUGGCACGUUUGCUAGAGGCCCGAACCAACGUGUCCCGUCUUACAGCCGCUCAGCUCCUCAAGAAAGACGUCAAGAUUGUCAAAGAGGUGUACGUGCCUAGUUUCCCUAUAUUAGUGGAGGAAUUCCUAUCGAAGCCAGAAGCCCUAACAGCAGUCUCCGAAGCCCUAAAAUCAAGCGGGUGUUCCCUCGCACUCCUAUUAGGAAUGAGCCUGCAGACCGGAUUGAAACGAGACGCCGCUAUAUGCGGGAGCGAGUCUGAUAAAACUGCGAAACUAGCCAAAUUUCUUCAAGACUGGAGCGCGCCAUCGCUUCAGCUGACUGCAACAGACCUUCAGUACCCGAACACAUAUUACUUCAACCAACUGUACCUAGGUGCGUCUAGAAAACAGUACAUACCUGCUGUCAACGCGUUCUUACAAAAUCCAUGAAAUUUAAUUAGAAUCUUAGUAACGGUAUUGUCCGCUAGAUGUCACUAUACCGUAAGCUGAGAUUUUCUGAAACGCGCUAUUAAGAUUUUUCUCUAAAUAAGGUAGGUGUUUUAAACAGGUACUUAAAUGAGAAGAUUUUGACACUCAGAUGCUGUUGUUGUUGCAAAUAAUUUGGAUUUUUAUAGUUUUAGAAAUAAAAAUGUUUUGUAUGAAAAACUUAAAUUCGCUGUAUUUUUUUAACUAUGGUAUUUGAAGCUACAUAAAGUAAUUACAGGACUAGAUAUACCUUAUCAUAUUGUAAGUAUAAAGUUUCAGAGCAAUCUAGCUAAUAUAGUCGUUUU